GCAUCAGCUAGUAUUGUGCGCAUGGUCCAGCGCCACGGGCUCGUGAUCCAGCGGAUGUCUAACCCAAGUGUCCGCACUGACUUUCCGUAUAUAAUACCUAGUUCGAGCGAGAGGGAAUAGCAUCCUCAGCAUUCGCUCGAGGUCCCUCGUAUCCUCUACUUCGUCCUCUACAGCCAACAGCCCUCAUUCUGAUAUCACCACAAUGAAGUUCUUUGCUGCUAUCACCACCCUCGUCUUCGCCGCUUCUGCUGCCCUUGCGGCGCCCUCCACCACCACCACUGUCACUGUCUCCUACGACCAGACGUACGAUAAUCCCAGUGGCUCUGUGAACACCGUCUCGUGCUCCGGUGUGCUUGCGGGUUAUGGCGACUUCGGUAACCUCCCGGGCUUCCCGAACAUCGGUGGUGCGGCCGCCGUUGCGGGUUACGACGACCCCAACUGCGGCACCUGCUGGCAGCUCACCUACAACAACACGUCCGUCAACGUGCUCGCCAUCGACCACGCCGGCGCGGGCUUCAACAUCGCGCUCAGCGCGAUGAACACUCUCACGAGCGGCGAGGCUGUCUCCGUGGGGCGUGUCAAUGCCCAGGCCCAGCAGGUCGAUGCCAGCCUGUGCGGCGUCAACUAAACGUCCAGAAGAGCACAAAGUGGCAGCUUUUGUAUAUUCACGAACCUAACGAGAUGAUGUGUUCAGACACAUUUCACGGGCUUGAUGGGCUGUACACCAUUUGCGCACGGACUCUGCAUGUUGUAACUAGGCACUGUUAACAGGAGUGAGAAGAAUUGGAGAGUGAUGUGUAUAUGU